AAAACAGUUCUCGACUUCUGUAAUCUGUCCAGAAAAGCACCUGAAGACAUCAAUCGGGCUGGAGCACAGCGAACAGGACAUUUCCUCAAGGAGUGUGCACGAAAAACGUCGCAACCUGUGAACAGAAUACAAGAAAGUUUGUGCAUGUAAAUAAAAACGAUUGGACUGCAGCCAUCGUCUGUGACGCGAACGCUUUAGCGCAUGCGCCGGAAGUUGCUGCCGCAGACAGCGACACUGAUUCGGCAACGCAGAGCAACAACACGAGAAAAAAAUCAAAACACAGUAUCCAAAAAUACUGGUCCAUUACGAUGUUUUGAGCAAUGUGUAUUGCCAUGGUCCACGAAGAUGUAAGGAGGAGUGUGUGGCCCAUGUUGCUCUAGGAGUGUGUGAGUGUGUGUGUGAGAGUGUGUGUGCGCGUGUGUGUGUGUGUGAGUGAGAUGCUGGCCUGUCUGCCAGGGCCAGGUGAUCUCUCCCUUCAGCUCCAUCCCCACUCGCAGAUGAACACUGGAGUUCAGAAAUGGGACACUACACAAAGGAUGAGAUCUGCUCAAUAUCCAACCCCUGCAGAAUUGGAUGCUUAUGCUAAAAAGGUUGCCAACAAUCCACUCACCAUCAAGAUCUUCCCCAACAGCGUCAAGGUCCCUCAGCGAAACCACGUUCGGCGUACCGUCAACGGAUUGGAUACCGCUGGUCCCCGAUACAGCCCCUACCCCUCCUCUCAGGCCACUGCCAAGGCCGGCCUCCUUGCUAUCGUCAAAGUGCCCCUAGUCAAGGGUAUCAUCAAGGACUUUGACGGCACACGGGCACGUCUGCACCCCGAGGUGAUUAUGAAUUCCACGGGAGGCCCUUAUGCAGUGACCUCGGCCAGCACUUUAAAUUUGCACCACCCAUCGCAGGGUCCUCCCAGAGCAUCCCAGAAUCUGCAGGGGCUUCCUCCACACCCUCAGAAUCUUCAGACUUUGCAACAGCAGCAGCAGCACCAGUCUGGACCUCCACACCAAGGACUUAGACACCCACCCGCUUCCUCCAUGUCACAACAACCCCAGGGUCUUCCGAGGCCCCAGACUAUUUCCCAUGCCGUUUCUUUAGGCCAUUCUGGCCCCCACCCUCCGUCAGCCAUUCUGCUUCCUCAGCAGCACCUACAAAACCCACCUCCAAGCCUCCAGGUAGGCACCAGGAAGCCACCAGUUGCAGAUGCCCCUCCUAAUGUGACUGUUUCUACCUCAACCAUUCCAUUAUCCAUGGCCGGAGGCCUCCACCAGGGUCACCAGGCUGAUUUAAACAGCAUAGUGCACCAGAUAAGCCAGUUCUGCCAGGCUAGAGCUCAGGGCGCUGGCGCUACGUCAAUGUGCGAAGGGCAGAUUGCGAACCCCAGUCCCAUUAGUCGAAAUCUACUCAUCAAUGCUAGUUCGCGAGGACCAUUGCACGGAGGAAACCCCAGUGCACCUCACACCGGCCACAUGCACUCAUCCUGUGCCAUCAGACCUCCAGAUAAAGCACCUGCAGCGGUGAGCGCAAUGCCAACUCAUAACAUGGCCUCCAUUAACUGUAUGUAUCACAGUGAUAUGAAGCAACAGCAUCAACAACAACAUCUACAGCAUCCACAACAUCAGCCACAGCGAAAUCCCCAGCACCCGCAGAUGAGGUCAUGGAAUCAACAUCAGCUAGCUCACCUUCAGCACAUCUCCGAGGGAAAUGGACACCCCUGCAAACCCCCUCAUACUCAUGACCCCUGUAAGGGCAUUAACUAUCCCCCAGAGAUGACCAUGGGGCAGCCUUAUGCCAUGAAGCCCUCUAGCCCCUCUUCCCCACUUGCCAACAAUAAUAGUAACAGUGCAAUGGCCCCAGGAGCGGUGACGCACUACACCAAUGGCCAGUACUACCACCAUCACCACCAGGCACCGGUGUGGGGUAGCAUUCUUCCCACGCCCAACAGCGACAGUUCCAACUCGCAGGACCUCUCAGUGCCCUUCCACGGCCCUGCAGGCACUGGCACGGGCAAUACCAACCCCACCCCAGGGAUGGACUGCGCCCCCACAGGAGGACCGGCCCAUUACCGAUUAGUAGGGGGUGCCUUAAUAGGGCAGACGAAUCUGAUGCAAACCGCUGAUUGCAUGGGAGGGGAUUUCCAGACGCCCUGCUUCCGAGAUCAGAAUCUCAUCCUGAUGGGGAAGAUGCACAGGCCACCCCCUAUGGGUCGGGUAGUGGUCCCCCCCUCGGAGUCGCAAGGCCAGCACCCAGGGUACAGAUAAGCUUCAGGCCACAAGCCUCAGACACAGUUUCUCUCCUCAGUGAAGUCAGCCAACAAACCCUUGUGUCCUCUACGUCUUCUCUUAGUCUUAACAAUGAAAUGAACAAAUGAAAUGAGCCUUUUAUUGAGGAUGAAAGGAAAAACUCAAGGAUGAUUCAUUAAACAAACAAACAUAAAAGAAUACAAACCCAUGUCGAACGACAAGCAGUGUUUCUGAGAUAUUCUGUGUUAUUAAUCUUGCAAGUGAUCAAUUCUUCUUUUUUCUUUUCUUUUAGAGUGCUUUUGAUACACUGUUUAGUUUUUUUCCCACUCGUUUCUCAAUAUAUCCUAGUACCUGGAUCUGGGAUGCUUCUGGGUUUUAUGAACAUAUUGUGUUAUUGCUUUAAAUUUUAUAAAAGAGAACAUGUCCCACAAAGCAUCUCACCAGGCUUUCUGUCUAUUCUGUAUUCAUUUAGCUGUCUUAAACCUGCUCUAAAACAUUAACAUUUACUGACACACCCAGAGCACAUCUCUUUUUUUUAGCACAAUACGUUCUUUGUCCUUUAUCUUUUUCAGUAGCUGAACUAUGUGGGAAUGUGUCAAUCAGUCCUUACAGAUUUUUCUUAGGUGAUAGCUCUUAUCAUGUGUUCCCGUACACGAGGAAUCUUUUAACAUUAUCUAAAAUGUAAAUGGAUUUAUGUGUGAAACCGUUUAUUAUUAAUCUCGAACCUGUGCGCUGCUGUAGGCUUGUUCUUGUUGAUCAGUAAAGGAUUAGUCCAUUUUCUUAAAAGAAAAAUCCAGAUAAUUUACUCACCACCAUGUCAUCCAAAAUGUUGUUGUCUUUGUUCAGUCGAGAAGAAAUUAUGUUUUUUGAGGAAAACAUUGCAGGAUUUUUCUCA